CCUCUACAUCUCCAAUCCCCUGAUGUACUCUCACCUCUCCGGUGUAUGGAGAGUACACUGGAAUAUGAAAAGCGCUCAAUAUUUCAGUGUGAUUGCGCGACUGGAUAAUGAGAUAGCCCAGGAAGGAUAGCCCGUCAAGAAUUCGCCCUCCGAGGUGUCGCGUGAAUCCGAAGUCGCGAAGUCACAGAACAUUCCGCAUCCUUGAACACUCGCGCGCGCGCUCCGCACUAUGUGGUCACUGUAACCAUCCGACACUUCGGGCGUUAUCAUCACCACGUCGAGGAGCUUUUAAAUCAACGUGCUAUUACGCAGCUCGGGAACUGCACCGCAUCAGGAGAAGCCUAUUUCGCAAUAUAACGAAUAAAAAAAUCUCCUGGGACAGCACGGGAAGGAUGUGUGGCAUAGACGUGGACCUGGAGGACGGAGGAGGAGGAGAAGACGGCAAGGAGCAGGAGGAGGGGUGCGGAGGAACGGGGGAACGCGUCCAGAUGCUGCCCCCUCCCCCGGCGCACAGCGACGCGGCGGGGGUCUGGGGAGGGCGGCGGGGGCGGGGCGGCUGCGUGGCCUGGGGGGCGGGGCUGGCGCUGUGGAACCUCGCGGUCGCCACGGCGUGCGCCCUGAUCGUGGCCGCCGUGUUCGCCCUGGUCCUGCUGCCCACCAUCGCGCUGCUCUACGUCGGCUUCCUCUGCCACUCGCGGGUUCUUCACUCUCCCUCCCCCGUCUGUCGCUACCUUGAUGACAACAGUUGCUCCGCCCUCAUCAUCCUCGGCUUUGUGAUGAUGUCGCCGCUCGUCGUGGUCGCCGCGGCCACCUUCUGCGGUCUGGCGCACAGGCUCUGCCUCUUCCAGCUGUUUCAGCCAAUGGCACGCGCUCGGCACCGCGGAGGAGGAUUGGUUUGGGCCUGGGACGAGGAAGUUCGAGCUUGGGUCUGAGCACCCCCUCCAACCCUG